AUGGAAGCAAGCAGUGGAUGCACCGGCAAGCGCAAGCGGGAGGACGACUCGGACGAUCCAGCCUCCGCGAUCAUUGGUUUGAUGGGCGGCUGCGGCGAUGGACCGGCUCAAACCGUCAUGGCGUAUUUGGAGCAACGUGACCGUUUGUCGUUGUCCACAACCUGCAAGGCCAUGUUAGCUGCAGUGGAAGCGUACUCUCAAGAGGCUCUGGAGCAGUUGAUGAAAGAGCACACCGUGGAUGAAAGUUUUGAAGUUCGAAUCAAUCAGCGCUUUGUGGACAAGACACCCGUGGACAAGACUCCUCCUUUCCGUUGCCUCAUUGACGCUGUCCAUAGCACGUAUCUUUGUAUCUUGAAGAUGUUGCCAAGCGAUAAACAUAUCAGAGGAGACAUUGCUCUCUCCAACGAUGGGAGUCGGCUUUGCGUGGUUGCAGUGAAGCCGCGUCCUUCACGUGAGGAACCUCAACCCCUGAAAAUCUACGAAUGGGAUCUUGCCACAAAGAAAUUGCUCCGAGCUCUUAAAAUUGACACCCUUGACGAUGAAUAUGACGUCCAAGGAUUAUGCUUUUUCAAGGAGAACGACUGUAUUGUGGUUUGUACAGAGCAGAGUGUGCUGGUUUUGUCAACACCAGGAGACUCCGAUGCCGAAGGAAAAACAAAGCUCCUGCAGGAUUGUCGUCAUCCCAACAUUCGUGAUGUUAUACCGGUCGACGGUUUUACAUCUACCAUCGUCAAUUUGGACUUGCAAAAUGGCCUUGAGAUUGUGGCUAGCCGUCAUGUAGAAUGGUGUUCUCCCAUUAUUGCUUGUUUGUUUGACGACUUGGACGGCGGGUGCGCGGGCAAAAUCCAUGUUGAGCAGCAUGACACAAUCGAAGCUUUGGUGGUCAAUGCCGCCAAUGGUCAGUUCCAAACGGUGGGCGAGUUCCGCGUGAGCUUGGACACAGAGAGAGGUUGCUGCCGUGGCAUUGUUGGAUCCGACGUAAUUUUUCACGAAGGGGCUGUGAAGGAGAAGAUUAUCACAGGCAUGGUCCAAUCCAACGGAAAAGAGAUCUUUGUCCGGCUAACGCCAAAAGACCCGACAACGCCAAGCGGAUUUGGAGUUGAAUUGGCGGUGUAUUCAGCCAAGUUUGGACGAUUCUGA